AUGUUCUUCCUCUACAACCUCGAGCGCCAGGUCACCCUGCACCCCUCUUACUUCGGCCGGAACAUGCACGAGUUGGUCACGGGGAAGCUGUUGAAGGACGUUGAGGGUACAUGUACUGGUCGAUACUUCAUCAUCACCAUCAUGGAUACCUUUAAUAUCUCUGAAGGCCGUAUCCUCCCUGGUAGCGGUUUGGCUGAGUUCACGGUUGGAUAUCGCGCCGUCGUUUGGAGACCUUUCAAGGGCGAGACCGUCGAUGCUAUCGUCACCUCCGUUAACCAGGUCGGCUUCUUUGCUGAUGCUGGUCCUCUCCCCAUCUUUGUUUCCGCACAUCUCAUCCCUCCUGACAUCAAGUUCGAUCCGAAUGCCACUCCGCCCCAAUUCACUAAUAACGAGGACUCGGUCAUUGAAGUCGGAACGCACGUUCGAGUGAAACUGAUUGGUACGAGAGCAGAGGUCGGAGAGAUGUACGCGAUCGCCAGUAUCAAGGAGGACUAUCUUGGAUGCUUGGCUGGUGCUUAA